AUGGUCCUCACACCAGAACCCAGAACACUAUCUCACUACAACUAUGAUCCAUCAUUCUCCGCCGCCCUCGCAGUCGGCGUUCUCUAUUCCCUAGCAUUCUUCGUUAUCUUCUUCCAAUGGCUCAGAUACAAUGCCGGGGUAUGGGCUAUCAUGGUUGUUGCUGCUGCCAUGGAAGGAGCAGGUUAUAUUAUCCGAGCAAUCUCCUCGAAACAUGUUGCCGAAAAAUCAAUUUAUGUGGCGCAAACUGCACUUAUCGUACUAUCACCUGUUCUCAUGGCCGCUACUUGCUAUAUCGUUUUUGGGAGAAUUAUCUACCACGUCGUCCCCAAGGAAGCACGAACUACCAAGCUCCUCUGGAUUCCCCCUCGGUUCAUAACUCUUAUUUUCGUAGUCUGCGACAUCCUUGCGCUUCUCCUUCAACUAAUUGGUGUCGUGCGCAUCACAUCUAUCGAUAUAACCUCUGCCGACGCGCAAUCCAAGCUGAGUAAAGGGAAAAACAUUGCUCUGGUUGGAGUCCCAAUCCAGAUGGCAUGUUUUGGACUUUUUUCCAUCAUCGCUAUCCGAUUCAAUUUCACAUCUCGACGCUUUACAUCGGAGUUUCAACGGCGCAUUACUCUUCCAAACGAUAGCGAGAGCAAGGAUGAGAAAUAUGUCAUGAUCGAUCGAGCAGAGAAAAAGCUCAAGCCAAAUUGGCAGGCGCUGUUACAUGCGGUCAAUAUUACUUGCGUGUUGAUUUUGAUCAGGAGUGUUUUUCGCAUGGUGGAUUUCGCGCUAGGGAGAACGGGGUAUACUGAGGAACAUGAGUGGUGUGUAUAUGUUUUUGAUGCGCUCCCUACUUUCCCUUGUGUGGCACUCUUCAACUAUUGGCACCCGGCAAAAUACCUCCCACAUAUGCAAUGGAGAUUGCCAAAGCAUGCCAGAUAUAUCAAUGGCAGGUCGAAACCAUGA